CGAUGACUGUGAAUGCAGCAGCGGCGGCCCCUUUGGCUGCACUGGGUUUUCCUCGUGCAUCGAUGAAGUUGUUACAAAGAUGGCGGACUUCCUGCCGUCCCGCUCUGUUUUAUCUGUCUGUUUCCCAAACUGUCUCCUCACUAGCGGCGAAGCAGAGCAGUUGCGGAAAUCUAAAGAGAUAGAUAAGUGUCUUAUCCGAGAUAAGACGUACGUGAAAAGGCUAGUUAAAAUCCUUUUACUUGGAGCGGGCGAGAGUGGCAAGUCUACUUUCCUAAAGCAGAUGCGUAUAAUCCAUGGGCAGGACUUCGAUCAGAGGGCAAAAGAAGAAUUUAGAGCCACUAUUUAUAGCAAUGUUAUUAAAGGUAUUCGGGUUUUAGUGGAUGCUAGAGAGAAGCUUCACAUUCCAUGGGGCCACUUGUCCAAUCAACGUCAUGGAGAUAUGUUGAUGGCGUUUGAUACCCGGUCUAUGGUGGCCCAUGGCCAUGGUAUGGUGCAGCCCAAGGUUUUUCAGCACUACCUACCAUCCAUUCGAGCCCUGUGGACUGACCAGGGAAUCCAGAAUGCUUAUGAUCGUCGCAGAGAAUUCCAAUUGGGGGAGUCAGUCAGGUAUUUCCUGGACAAUUUGGAAAAGCUUGGACACUCGGACUACCUCCCUAGCCAGCAGGACAUCCUGUUGGCCCGAAAGCCGACCAAGGGCAUUCACGAGUACGACUUUGAGAUUAAGAAUGUGCCUUUCAAAAUGGUGGAUGUCGGCGGUCAGCGUUCAGAGAGGCGGCGCUGGUUUGAAUGCUUCGACUCAGUUACUUCCAUUCUUUUCCUUGUCUCCUCCUCUGAAUUUGAUCAGGUUUUGAUGGAAGACCGGCAAACCAAUCGACUGAGUGAGUCCCUCAACAUUUUCGAGACCAUCGUCAACAACAGAGUGUUCAACAACGUCUCCAUCAUCUUGUUCUUGAACAAGACAGACCUGCUGGAGGAAAAAGUGAACGAGGUAUCCAUCAGAGACUACUUUUCUGAGUUCUCCGGCGACCCCAAAAGCCUGGCUGACGUGCAGGCCUUCUUGGUGGAGUGUUUCCGUAAAAAGCGGCGAGAGCAGCAGCAGAAGCCCCUGUACCACCACUUUACCACAGCUAUCAAUACUGAGAACAUCCGACUGGUGUUCCGUGACGUUAAGGACACCAUCCUGCAUGACAACCUCAAGCAGCUGAUGCUGCAGUGAGAGGAUGAGGAAAAGAAGGGAGGAGGGGAAGAGAGUUGUACGAAAACAGAUUUGGGGUUUGAAGGUGCCCAUCACCUCAUCUCCCCCCACCCCCCAUCUUAUAGACUACAUAUUGAAGCCACUACUACUACGACCAACAUGACUUCUUACUUGCCUUAAUCAGCACAUUCACUUUGACUUCUAACAGCUUUCAUUGGCCAACAUACCUUUCAAACCACUGUAAAUGAUGGAUCCCGACUCACAGAUGGCUCUCUUAAUUCCUUACUAUUCGUCCAAAAUCUCACAGUGCUUUACCCAACCAUGCUACUUUGAGCACUGUUGAAAGGGAGCAAAAUGCCUUGUUUCGAUUUUUUGUUGCUAUAUAGGCUGCCAAAGGGCAUCUGGCUCCCUGGUUUUGCAUGCAUUUCCAUGGUCCAUUUUCAUCUGCUCUCUGAUAGCUUUUGAUUACAUCAUAGGGGUUGGGCCUGAGGAUUUUUGUUGAACGGAGAAGCGCUCCCCAACCUGACAAACUCAAUCACACACACACACACACACACACUCAUACAUUUCCAAUGUCAUCUGUAGCUUAGUUUCUAAUGUCCUUUUCUUAACUCCCUGUACAUUUAUACUGUACGUACCUAUGCAUUUUUUUCAUUAAGUUAUAUUUUAUAGGUUUUACACUUUGAUUUAUAACUGCUGUUAGACUAUUUUUAUUCACUUGUGUGGGGUGGGGGCACUGUUGAAACAACAGCCACAACCACUUGUGAUACUGUCCAGUGCCCAUUUUCUGUUUCUCAGGGCGAUCAAUCUCUUAACAAGAUGUUUUUUCUUGCCAAAACAUGGCAAAUGAUACUGGCCUUUACAUUUACUUCUUUAAUCAAGAUAGAUUGAAAUUGUUUUAUAUGGCAAUCAGCAAGCAUGUCUUAGAGAAGAGCAUGUCAACGAGAUAUUGCUUAGUAUUAUUUUUGGGGGGGACCAAUGUGAGAAUAUAGGCUGCAUGGCUGGAAAGCAUUGGGCUCACAGUUCUGAGGUCCAUGGUUCAAUCCCGGCCCCACCUGUGUGGAGUUUGCAUGUUCUCCCCAUGCCUUCGUGGGUUUUCUCCGGGCACACCGGUUUCCUCUUACAACCCAAAAAUGUGCAUUCAUUGAAGACAUAAAAAAUUUCCCUUAAGUGUGAUUGUGAGUGUGGCUGUUUGUCUCGAUGUGCCCUGCGAUUGGCUGGCAACCAGUUCUGGGUGUACCCUGCCUCCUCCCCGCUGAGAGCUUGGAUAGGCUCCAGCACUCCCGUGACCCUUGUGAGGUUAAGCGGCUCAGAAAAUGGAUGGAUGUGAGAAUGUACUCUGUAAAAACUAAAAUUCUUAACUAAGAUUUUUCAUUUAUUUCUAGUGAAAACUAAUCUGAUUACGGUUAAUAAUUACAGUCAAAUCUAAUUUGAUUGCACUCAAACUCAAUUUUAUAAUGUACAGUGAAGAAAAUCAGUAUUUGAACACCCUGCUAUAUUGCAAGUUUGCCCACUUAGAAAUCAUGGAGGGGUCUGACAUUUUCAUUGUAGGGGCAUGUCCACUGUGAGAGAGCUAAUCUAAAAAGAAAAAUCCAGAAAUCACAAUGUAUGUAUUUUUAGCGAUUUUAAUUUGUGUGAUAGAGCUGCAAAAAAGUAUUUGAACACCUGAGGAAACCAAUGAUAAUAUUUGGUACUGUAGCCGUUGUUUUCAAUUACAGAGGUUAAAUGUUUUCUGUAGUUCUUCACCAGGUUUGCACACACUGCAGGAGGGAUUUUGGCCCACUCCUCCACACAGAUCUACUCUAGAUCAGACAGUUUUCUGGGCCAUCGGUGAGAAACACAGAGUUUCAGCUCCUUCCAAAGAUUUUGUAUUGGGAUUAGGUCUGGAGACUGGCUAGGCCACGCCAGAACCUUGAUAUGCUUUUUGUGGAGCCACUCCUUGGUUUUCCUGGCUAUGUGCUCCGGGUCAUUGUCAUGUUGAAAGACCCAGCCAUGACCCAUCUUCAAUGCUCUGACUGAGGGAAAGAGGUUGUUCCCAAAAUCUCACAAUACAUGGCCGUGGUCAUCCUCUCCUUAAUACAGCACAACCAUCUUCUCCCAUGUGUAGGAAAACACCCCCAAAGCAUGCUUCUACCACCCCCAUGCUUCACUGUAGGGAUGGUGUUUUUGGGAUGGAACUCAUCAUUUGUCUUCCUCCAAACACGGUUAGUGGAAUUAUGACCAAAAAGUUCAAUUUUGGUCUCAUCUGACCACAAAACCUUCUCCCAUGACCCCUCUGUAUCAUCCAAAUGUUCAUUGGCAAACGUAAGACGGGCAUUGACAUGUGCUGGUUUUAUACAGGGAACCUUCCAUGCCAUGCAUGAUUUCAAACCAUGAUGUCUUACCAACAGUCACCUUGGAAACGGUGGUCCCAGCUCUUUUCAGGUCAUUGACCAAGUCCUGUCGGUAAGUCCUGGGCUAAUUCCUCACCUUUGUAAGGAUCACUGAGACGCCAUGAGGUGAUAUCUUGCAUGGAGCUCCACUCCGAUUGAGAUUGUUGAUCAUGAUGAUGUUGAUUAUCAAUCAUGAUCAUCGAUCAUGUUUAGCUUCUUCAAUUUUCUACUGAUUGCUCCAACAGUGGACCUUUUUUCACCAAGCUGCUUGGCAAUUUCUCCGUCGCCCUUUCCAGCCGUGUGAAGUUGUACAAUUUGUCUCUGCUGUCUUUGGACAGCUCUUUGGUCUUGGCCAUGUUACAAGUUUGAGUCUUACUGAUUUUAUGGAGUGAACAGGUGUCUUUAUGCAGCUAACAACCUCACAGAGGUGCAUCUGAUUCAGGAUAAUACAUGCAGUGGAGGUGGACUUUUAAAGGCGGACUAACAGGUCUUUGAGGGUCAGAAUUCUUUUUGAUAGGUGUUCAAAUACUUCAGUUUUUUCAGUUGUAUCACACAAAUAAAUAGUUAAAAAAAUCAUACAUUUUGAUUUCUGGAUUUUUCUUUUUAGAUUAUCUCUCUCACAGUGGAUAUGCACCUAUGGUGAAAAUUUCAAGAGUCCUCCAUGAUUUCUAAGUGAGAACACUUGCAACAUGCAACUUGCAAUACUUGUUUUCUUCACUGUCGAGUACUUUCACUGUCAAGUUAAUUUUUGCUUGCAGAGUGGAAAAAAUGGAAUGGCAUUUUUUUUUCCUUACUUUACCCAACAAGUAAUUUUUUUUUUUUUAAUUGUAAUCAGAUCAGUCUUACUUACAAACAGGCAAAUAUUCUUGGUAAUCUCUUGAGUUUUUUAAGUGUAAGGACCAGCAACCUCCUUUUAUGGGUUCUCUACACUCUAUGACGGUAAACAGCUUUUUUUCCCGUCUUCUUCUCUGGCUUUAAAGUAGUGAAGAGGAAGGAAAAGCUUCGAUCUGGGACCAAGGUGACCUCGUAUGAAUAUAAAGUAUCCACAUUAAAUUUUAACACAAGGAAAUCUUCAAUGUAUCACUUUGUAAUACUUUGGGACUGCCAAAAUCAAACAAUCCAUUCGGUACACUGGUUGACUUCUAAUUUGUUUGAAUUAUCAAAAAUAUUUAUUGAUUAAAUUUGAUGUACCAUCCAGCCCCCACCAUCAUAAAACCACACAUUCGAAAUAUUGUACAAGCAGCAAAAAGAAAAAAAAAAAGACCUGUGAAUCACUUUUGCGGCCCGUACAGUACUGCUAUGUAGUAAUGCCUGUUGCAUCAUCAAUACCACACUUUCCCUCAUUGCCAUCACUGGUACACUUUUGCAGUGGCAUCACAGAAAACCCAAACCAGAAUUUGUCAUUCCUUACGUGACGAUUUUCCAAAGCAUUUCGGUAGAUUUUGAAAUUUGGAGGUUCCACUGCGGUUAGUUCAGGCUAUGAGUAUUAACUGAUGUUUGUAAACAUACUGUAUAUGUACAAGAUGCCACUUGAUUGUAUUGGUACUGAGUUAAGGUCACGUAAUGUUGUUUAAAAAAAAAAAAACUUAAAUGGCGUCUAAUUCUAAAAGGGUUAGCAUUUGUUUUUUGUCUUAUAUGUUGCAAACAAAGGCUUAAAGCCAGGAUAUAUGUUACAAACAAGUGUCUUAUCUGUUUGAUAAUGAAUCUUUUUCUUGUGUUUCUAAAUGCCCAUGCAGCCAUCCACAUUGUAAAUGUUUUUUUCUGUCAUGUCUUAACAAACGUUGGCAACUGAAGGUUAAGUUUUUAGGUGCCACUUCAUGAUGAUGAAUCAUUAAACAGGAGCUCCAAGUAAUAUUUCAAUGUUAAUUCCCAUUUUUUGAUCCUUCACUGUGAUCAGAGACUCAACUGAUUUUACUGUUGAAAGUUGUAUCAUCCCACUUCGUUUUUUUUUUAAGAUGUAUUGCACAUCUACACGUCACCAAAUGUGGCUGCAAGUUGUCAAGAAAUUAUUUUUUUUACAAGUUAUUUUGUCUACAAUUCAGGGAUCCACUUGUCCAUUCCAUUUGUUCAAUUGAGCAGUUUUCAAUUUUUUUAUUUUUAACUAUGCAGGUUAGUUUAAGUACAAAAUCAUGUUGAUUCCAACAAGAGGUUCCAUGAGCAAAAACAAACCAAAAAACAAACAAACAAGGCAAGUAGUGUUAAAUUUAAAAGUCACUGUUGGGAGGCCAGAAAAUAAGCAACUGCCCAGAUGUCUAAAAAGCCAGAUAUAUACAAGUAGUUUAUUUGUAUUGCUCUUUAGUUCUGUCAGUUUUUAUUGGAAUGUUAUCAGGAUUUGAAAUGAAAUGUAAACUCCCACACAUUUUUAUUUCUUUCAAUUAAGUAACUACUUUAAAACAAGUACAGUAAUAAAAACUAAGAAAGUCCAUUUAACUAAGUUUCCUUGAUUGAUUGUUGGGAAAAUUGACUGACUGUUGACAAAAUUGACUGCGUGCCAAUAUCACAGCAUUUAUUACUUUUGAUACAUAAAAUUUGUAUUAACACAAUUACAGACUUUUAUUUUGCAGUGUCUGUUAUGAUUGGUCAAUGUGUCAGGCCGCCGCAGUACGUAGCACCAACUACUGGUGAGGAGGACUUCAUUGUUAUAUAUAUGAACUGUUAGUGUAAACUGUGGCAAACAAAUAUGAGAGUUCAUCUGUGGCGACCCAUCACAGGACAAGCCGAAAGAAACUUACUUACUGGUGUCGAUAGCUGAUAACGGUGGCCUCCGCUAGUACCCAAUACCUCGAAAUAGGGCCGCUUUUGGCCCGACACCAACAGCCGGUAGCUGUACUUGCUUUUUUCUACCCACAAAACAGUUUUUGUUAAUAUUGAAGAAUAAUUAGGCACGGGGAGAAUCAAUCAGAAAUUGACUAAUGGUUAUUUAAAAACAUUUAUAUGGAAUAAAAAAAUCUGAAUGUUAUGAACUCCUACACUGCAAAAAUCUUACCAGGCGAAUUUAGUUUACUUCGAGUGAAAACCUCUUAGUGUACUUCUAACUUUUUAAAAAGUUUCAGCAAUACAAAAAUACGUUUUUAUUUUAAGUUUAUCAAGUCAUCUUGUACUAUUGGAAGCUUUUUUUGUUUAUUUAGGGAUAAAAUGUCUUCAGUCAAAAAAAUCUGCCAAUGAAAUUCGUAUUGUCUUAAGAUUAUUACCAUAAUUUAUUGUAUUGUGCCAAUUAAAUUAGUAUGCCUUGACCUAAUCGGAUCAUGUAUUUUUACCAAGAUAAAAAAAGUCAAACCUAAAAAAAGUGCAGUAAGAUAACUUUAUCUGGUUACACUGGUAUUUUUGCUGUUUUGAUGCCAGUGUGCUGCUUGGGAGUUGUUUGUGGAAUCAAUGGGUAACGUUACGGUGUGGUCUAACAACAUUGUAGUCUCAAUCAACAGUGCUACUGAUUGGAUUCCAUCAGAAAAUAAUUAAUCACUACUUGUUUCUUAGUUUACCUUCUCCCUACAAAAACUGUGAUGGCAGAACACAUUUUUGCUCUGAUUCAGCCGUAUGUAUUCAGAUUUCUUUGGUUUCCUUAUAAAACUUUGAACCAAAUUUCCUGAACAUGACAUCUGUUUGGUUAUAAAAUGUAUUUACGACAGUUUUCGUUUUUGUUUUUUUUUGACCCCCCCCCCCUCUGCAUCGACUUUUCACUUGGCUGUGUCCCAACAACUAGUUGUAGUUCUAACAGUACAGUGUGUUUAUGCCCUAGUCGUAGCUGAGCUGUAAUAGGAAUUGGAAAGCUGCAAGAUGGUCUUUACUUGAAGCACAUUGAAACCUCGUAUGGCCUCUAAACCACCACAGUAAAGACUAAAAGUCCAUCACUUGUCCACCAAGUAGCCAUCAGACCAGGUGGAUGCCAGAGAAGUAAACAUUCCACAUUUCUCAUGGAGACUUGAUACAUCACUUGUUCCAAAUCUAUGUUCAGAGUCUGUUGUGAUGCCUGUAACAUUAUGAGGCCGAUGUUCACUUGUAAUUCCGGAUGAAGUUGAAGAUUCUGGUCUGUGUUUUGAUUGUGUCAAAUCUGAGUACUGGUAGUUUAUGGCAUUAUCGACAAAGAUGUUAUUUACACAAAACCCUCAUGUCAGCACAAAUUUGAAUUUUCAUAAAGCUUUUGUACUAUAUCAUAUAUGAAAUAAUUGUAAUACAUUUCUCCUCCUGGCAGACUAUUUUCGCAAAGCUUUCAUUGUACAGUGUUAACUUAUGUCUCACCAUUUUGCUCCUUAAUAAACCACAUUGUUUUUA